AGUAACGACCCAACUCGCUGCCGCGCGCCACACAAUGCCCAAGAAUAAGGAGAAGAAACAAGAUGACGUCAAGAAAACGCAGAAAAAGGAAAAUUCGUCGUCUCCUGCAGCCGGAAGCGGCUCCGAGGACCGAGAGAAGGAGCUGUACCUGCUGCAGGCGAGACACCUGAGCGAGCAGCUGGAGCGGUACCAGCUGGAGAGCGACCAUCAGGAGCGCCGUCAGAAGGAGCUGAUCUCUCGGUACGCGGCGCUGGAGAAGGAGAAGAGCGACAUUGUGCACUUCCUGAAGCGCUCCGUGCUGGAGAAGGAGGUGGAGGCCGAGGAGCUGACGGAGCAGCUGGAGAGUCAGCGGCGGGCGGCGGGCGAGCAGGAGGCGGCCCUGAGGCUGCAGCUCGAGGAGCUGAGGGAGGAGCUGAGAGGACGGGUGGAGGAGCUCCACCAGGAGAACACCACGCUGGCGUCGAGGCUGGCCGGCCUGCAGGAGUACCAGGCGCAAAAGGAGCAGCUGAUCUCUGACCUGGAUUCUCUGAGGCAGCAGCUGACCAAUCAGGAGCAGCGUCACGGCGUCGCCCUCCACGGCCUGGAGAUGAGCGCCCUGCUGGAGAAGAGGAGGUGGCAGGAGGAGCUGGAGGAGCAGGCGGCGGCCAUGGAGGCACGAGUGCAGCACCUGGUGGACCAGAAGGUCCCCGAGGCCACCAGGGCGGCCCUCCAGGAGAACGGAGAGGUCAAGGCCCGGAUCGGCCAGCUGGCGGAUCAGCACCUGGUCCUGAUGGGGGAGAACCUGGACCUGAGGGGCCGCGAGGGCCGGCUCGGCCUGGACCUGGACCUCCUGGAGGAGAGGGUCCGGGAGACCACCCGCAGGAGCUGCAUACGCAAGAAGGUGGUGGAACAGCUGACAGUGAAGUGUCGGCAGCUUCAGGCCGAGCUGGAAGACGGGAGGCAGCAAGGCGAGCGGCUCCAGAGCGACCACGCCGGGGUCCUGGUGGAGCUGGAGGCCCUGAGACGGGAUCGGGCUUCGCUGUCCGAGCGGAGCGCCGACGGCACGGCGGAGGUGAGCCGGCUGGAGGCGGAGCUACAGGACGAGAGGAGGCGGAGCAACAGAAUGAGGAGCAUCAUGAGGGAAGCUGCCGAGGCUCUCAGAGGAGCCCUGAGGGAGGUGCGUACGGACCGGGAGGAAGAUGAAGGUGAAGAAUUGGAGGGGUGGAAGCAGCUGAUGGAGAAGCUGCUGCUGCUGCUUCUGGACCGGCCCAAACACGACCGGCUGGAAGAGCCGCUGACCUCCGACCUCUCGGCCAGCGGAGCGCUGGUUCUGGAUCCGGUGGUUCUGGACCCGGCUCUGAGCUUGCGGUUCCAGCUGGCCCGCUACAGGCCGGGUGAUCUGGGCCUCGUGCCGCAGCUGAAGCAGAAAGUCUCCGCCCGUGGGACCCUGAACAGGAAGCCGUCCAAUCAGAACGCAGCUGGCUCCUUGACCCGGGCGGAUUCCAGGAAGUCUUUCACAGGACCCAAAUAACACGAUCGCUGCUCAUUUCCUUUUCUCUGCGUCCCCUUUGCCCUGAACAGAAUCCAUUAGGCUGAAGAAGUAAAUGUGUUCGAGGUUUCGUCUCAAAAAAAUAAAUAAAAUGCAACAUUUAUUAAUUUU